AUGCCGCCUGUAGAUGAGUGGGUCCAUGCGACCAGCCACGAGAACUUCACCCAAAUUCGGGCAGAUGGCCACCUCAAAGGUAAUCACUGUGAAGACGAAUUCUUCGACGGCGCGCUUUGCAGAGAUGGGGCCCCUCGUGGAACAUGGUUUAAUGCCAACAACUAUCGUGGAGGCACCAUUACGAUGACUCCUUACCCUGAGAAGGUGAACCAUCCCACAGCGAAGGCAUUGGCUUUCCCGGUCUCGUUCUUGCUCGGCGAGGCUGAGUACUAUCACCUUUUCAAAAUCAGCGAGCAACCUCGGGGAUACCUCCAGGUGAAGUAUGCGAUCGUGAAUGAGAGAGAUCCCUUUUUCGAUUGGUUUGCCGAGAACGUAGACCCGGUUGUGGGCAACUCGGACGCGUAUGUAGCUCUCGAGUGGGACGAGGACCAAGGCUACAUGUGGAGCGCAACAGACGCAGCCGAACGGGUUUUGGUCAGUGUCUUCCUCGUGAAUCAUCACGACGACAGCCCGACUGUCUCAGUCGAAGGAGUCCGUCCGUAUGACAUCAGGAAGAUACCGGCCAAGCAAGUCAGCAGUCCGGGCAAGCUCAAGAGGCCUUAG